AUGAGGAUUGAGGUUGCUCUCCAGCUGGGCUUCAGUGCCCUGUGUCUAACUUUGCUGCUUUUUGGAGAAGGAAUGGCUGUGGACCUUCCUGAUCCACCACCAGUAGACUGUGCUUGGGGCCGAUGGACCGAGUGGCGUUCAUGUGAUCCUUGCACAAACUCCCGAAGGCGUUCCCGAAGUGUAGAAGUGUUCGGCCAGUUUGGCGGCCAGGCCUGCACUGAGCCGAUAGGGCAGAGCGAGUCCUGCCAAACAAAUGCAACAUGUGAUCGACCGCCUCCUCCUGCGUGCGCCGACUCAGAGUUCCAGUGCGAGUCAGGUUACUGCAUCAAAAGGAGAUUAAUGUGCAACGGGGACUAUGACUGCGAAGACGGAUCCGAUGAGGACUGUGUGACUCAGCGAAAACCCUGUGCUACAACAGUAGCACUGGACAUCAAUGAGCAAAGCAGGACAGCAGGAUAUGGAAUCAACAUCUUGGGCUCAGCUCCUCGAAUGAACCCCUUCUACAACGAUUUCUUCAACGGGAAGUGUGACCGCGUCAGGAAUCCGAACAAUGGGAAUAUGGAAAGGACCCCCUGGAACGUCGGUGUGUUCAGAUACGAGACUCGUGUGGAAGAAACCACUUCUCGAGAGAUCUAUGAGGACACACACAGCCUCCUGAGGGAAAUAUUGAAAGAGAUGAGUUUUAAAGUCGACGCCGGACUUUCCUUCAAAUUUAGUAAAACUGAGGAAUCCAUGUCUGAGAAGGCUUCGUCUGUGGAGGCAGGGGUUGAAUACGAGAAGAAAACGAUGAUUAAGGAGUUCUCAGAGUACACCACCAUCAAGAACAAGAGCUUCAUGCGGGUGUUGGGCAGGGUGGAGCUGAGCACCUACAGGCUGCGCUCCCGCGAGCUCCAGGUGGCUGAGGAAUUUCUGGAGCAUGUCAAGUCGUUGCCUCUGGAGUACGAGAAGGGUAUUUACUUUGCCUUCCUGGAGGACUACGGCACGCACUACACCAAAAACGGGUUGUCUGGCGGUGAAUAUGAGCUGAUCUACGUUCUCAACCAGGACACCAUCAAAGAGAAGAAUAUCACAGAGAGACAUGUUCAAGAAUGCGUCAAAAUAGGCAUCACAGUAGAUAUUGCCGGCGAAACUGGCGGACACGUGAAACCUGAAAACUGCGAUGACGUAACAAACAAAUUCACUGAUGAACGCGAAGGAAAAGCAGUGGUGGACAAGGUGAUGACGUCAGUCAGAGGAGGUACUCUAGAAGGUGCUGCUACUAUGAGGGCAAAACUGAAUAAAGACGGAGUGAUGGACGUCGAUACGUACCGGAACUGGGCUCGGACCAUCGCUGACGCCCCGGCACUGAUAAAAAGUGAGCCACAGCCCAUCUAUACGCUAAUUCCACUGGACAUGCAGGACGCUAACGCCAGGAUCUCUAACCUGAGGCAGGCCACAGCAGACUACGUGGCAGAGUAUAACUUGUGCAAGUGUAAGCCAUGUCAUAACGGCGGCACUCUCACCCUGCUGGACGGAAAGUGUAUCUGCAUGUGUACUAACCUGUUCGAAGGCCUGAGCUGCCAGAACUUCAAAGGCGACAAAACACGAACCGGAGGUGCGAGACCGACUGUUGAGCAGGAAGGUAACUGGUCCUGCUGGUCUGGCUGGUCCAGCUGCACGGGGGGGACGCGCUCCAGGAUACGCGACUGCAAUACGGACGGGCUUGUUGGAGCUGCGUGCAGAGGAAGCAGAACAAGCCAAGAAUACUGCUAGGCAGAUAAAUGAUCAUUCAACUACCAACCUGUAUCUAUCAAACACACCUAUGUGCAACUAAAAAACAAGAAUCAAAAGAUUUAAAGUCAUGCACAUAUUUGGUUUUGCAUGCUAAGUUAGGAGAUCAGAGCCAUCUUGAGUUUGAUAACAGAUAAUGCACGUCAUAAAACUGUUAAUAGAUUAUUUUGGGCACAUUUUUGUGAUUUGACUAUGUGGAAUUUGAGUGUAAAGCAUCGAUUGUGUCAUAGAUUUAGUAGAAAGGAGGAGCCGUUGUACCAAAGUCUCCAACAAAUGAAACGAAAACCAAAGCAAAGUAUCAAACACAGCAUGUCUGUUAUUUUAAUAAAGAUGUGGUGCCACGGUCCCCCGCUGUUCGCUUUGCUGACCUAAG